AUGAAGUUAUUCAACUUGAGUAUUUAUCUCAUGAUUCUGGGCACUGCUACGUCCUGGAAGCUCGAGGCUGGAACCCAGACGUGGUCGGGAUCGACCCCACAGGGAUGUCGAGCCGUGUUCAUCCAGAGAGGCACACAAAUCAGCUGGGAAGGAUCACCAGGAGCCGAAACCCUUCAGCUCUUUAACGUCCAGGGCAGCUGCAGCAGAGUGUAUCGCACGGUGAUGGGCAAAGGAGAUAUAAAUGCGUCGAACAAUAUCUAUGGCUUUGUUGUGAAGGCCUGA